CCUAGCAGACUUGCCACUGUGGCACCUGGUCAAAGCGCAUCCAAAGGGGCGUGACGAAGCGCGUGACGUCACACGUCCACCUUGCGCCCGCCUGUGGUAUUUAUUGGCGGUUGUCAACGAUAUAAACAGACGCGACGAUUCGGGAUCUACAAUUUCAAGCGCACAUUUCUUGGCUUCCAACACCCAUUUCACAACAUUUCCCAUUCUAUAACUAUGGCUGGAAGAAAACGAGCUGCAGAAGAAUCCGCCACUGAGAAGCGCGAGACGCGCAGUGCCAAGGUACCUAAAACAGAGCCUCGAAAGAGCGCCAAGGGCACAGGGAGGAAGGGCGCAGCACGAUUGAAGUAUAACCAGACAGGGCUGAGUGCCUCUGCGUUCAAGUCUCGGGCGCAACCCCUACAUGUCAGUAUUUCACACACUAGGCCUCCCGCUGACGUUGAGUCGACGGAUCCUGGGUUCUUGGAGGCUAUGGAGCUUGUUUCGACGAGCUUUUCUUCUGGGAGCUUCGGGUGGAAGGCGGGCAAGCGCAUGACCGUGCAUUUGCCCAAGUUGGAGGGAGAGGAGGAGGGAGAGACAGUGCAUGUGACGUUAUCAAUCAAUGCUACUGUUAUUGGCAGCAAAGGUGCGAAGGAGGAGGGCGAAGAGGGCGAAGAGGGUGAGAAAUCAGCAGAAAAUGUGGGAGAGAAAACUGAAGAGAAAACUGAAGAGAAGGUUGAAGAGAAAGCUGAAGAGAAAGAAUCAGGGGGGGUGGACGAGCCUGCACAAGAGGAACCUGCUCCUGCUGAGGGAACAGAACAGGAGGCGGUUUCAUAAGUUGUAUUUUUAUUCGUGCGUUGACGAAGUCCUAGUCCCGAUUUUUUUGGUUGAUCAAGAGGUUCAUGCUAUCUACGCUACUGUCAUAUAUGACUGAAUUGAAAUUCGCGAGUGAUGGGUGCUUUUUUUCUCUCAUGUCAGUUCAAACUUGCAUGUCGCAUAUCAGUAUAUCGCGUACGUCACUUGGCGUAAUACGUUAU